AUGUCUCACCGGCAGCGCAGCCCGCUCAGGCCAUCGGCUCCUUGGACUCAAGGAAGAAAGCGAGGCGUAGACGGCAAGCACAGAAGCACACACGACCUCAGUGCACCCACUCCUCACAGUGAAAAUACAUGCAAUCCUUUAGACGGACGGACAGACAGUUUCACAACGCCCGAAAGCCAUAAACCUCAUCCAAGGUGCUUAGACUGGGCGACUGCUGUUGAAGAGGAUGAAAUGAGGACUAACGUUACUCAAGAAAUGGCAAGAUACAAAAGGAAACUUUUGAUGAACGAGUCUGGAAGAGAAAGAAAGCUGUCCACAGGAAGCUCUGAUUCCAAGGAGUCCACAGGAGCCAUGGAACUGGAGACUGACGAAGUUGUUUUGAUGAGGAGACAGAAGCAAAUAAAUUAUGGGAAGAACACGCUGGCAUAUGACAGAUACAUUCGAGAAGUUCCAAAGAGUUUACGAGUUCCCGGAGUCCAUCCGAGGACUCCCAAUAAAUUCAAGAAAUACAGCCGAAGAUCUUGGGACCAACAAAUCAGGCUUUGGAAGGUUGCGCUGCAUUUUUGGGACCCUCCUGCUGAAGAAGACUGAAGCUCACAA